AGCCUCGUAAGAUUUCACACAAGAUUGCUUUCGAUAAAAUAAUUUAUCAAUAUGAUAAGGCCUGUAUCGGCAUGUAGGGCAAAUCAAACGAUGUGGGACAAACGAACAAAUAUGUGGUGUGUUACUCUAUUAUUAAUUGCAGUUGCAAGCUGUAAUGCAGAAUCAUUUGAAUUAAAGACGGCUGAGCUGCCUCCUCAGACUGUCAGUCGAAUUGUAGGCGGCGUGGAGACCACCGUGGAAAGGUACCCGUUUAUCGUUCAGGUAUUAUACAAUGCACAGUUCUAUUGCGGAGGGUCCCUGCUGACGUCACGCCAUGUGCUCUCUGCGGCUCACUGCUUCGUCAAUGAUUUCGGCUAUGUCCUACCCGCGAAUCGCUUCGCCAUCAGGAUGGGCACAACAUUCCUGAACACUGGUGGAUCCCUGCACCAAGUAUCGCAAGUGAUAGUCCACGAAUCGUACAACAACCCGUCCCGGGAUAACGACGUGGCCGUGGUGGUGUUGAGUACAGCAGCUACCCUCAGCUCCAGCGUGCAGUUAGCGGUCCUCGGGGCCCGGGGACAGGAGCUACCUGACAACACCACCGUCACUGCUGUCGGGUGGGGACUCACACAUGUGAACAACACAAUGCCGUCGACAGUGCUGAAUGAGGUGACGGUAAUGAAAGUCAACCGGUCUGUCUGCGAGGAUCGAUACCGUCUCCUGGAGGAGAUACACUCCGUCCCAUUCCCGGUCACCAAUACCAUGAUUUGCGCAGGAAUACUCGAUGUUGGAGGCAAGGACGCAUGCGGUGGCGACUCGGGCGGGCCGCUACUCUACGGCAACGUGCAGGUGGGAGUCACCUCGUGGGGCUGGAGCUGCGCCGAGCCGAUCUGGCCCGGCGUGUACGCCAGGGUCGCGAAUUACACCGACUGGAUCGAAGCUAAGAUUUCUUUAUCUUCGUUACAGAUACAGCAAUACAACUCGGCUGGCAUCAGCAGAGUCGGGGCCGUUACUCUACUCACGCCUAUAUUGUUCCUGAUACUCAACUUAUAAGAUAUUACUAGCGAGACAAGUGAGGGAAGCUUCUAGAAUGCUUGAAGUUUCAAGCCAAAAAAAAUGUGAUUUAUGUAAAGCAUGGAUGCCGAAUCUUGGCGAAACUGAAAUUAGCUUCCUAUAGUUUACUACUCAUAACUAUUCUGACUUUUUAGACUGAAGUUAGCGUAGCUGACGCUUAGCCCAAAGCUUGAUUAGCUAACUUCAGGGUCGCCAAGAUAUUACAUCGGUGUGAAACUUUCUUGUCUCUAGAUAAUAUUGAAAAAAAUACGUACAAAUUAGAAUAACUGCCAUCGUCAUUCGGGUUAUGAUAAUAUGUGAUUGAAUAGACCAGUCAAAAUAACAAUAAAAUCCCAUAUAAUAUUAUUACGAAUAUUAGAUACGCGACGCUUUUCAGUUUUUUAUGUGGUGAGUGAGAGGCGUGUGAAUAGCCUACGGGACACGGUGUUAUAUUCGAUAUAAUGCGAAUGGCGGCGGGAAGACCAUUAUGUCAGUCCUUGUCGGUGGUCAGAUGCCAUCUAUUGGUCACUUGCGAGCAAUCUUUGGGCGUGCGGAAUCAUCAAGACACUCAAUUGUGUUACUCUUUUAUGAAAAAUAGCAAAAUAAUGGUUCAAAAUGCGGGAAAACUAACUUAUUUAUUAUUUUAGAAUAUCUGCCUUGAAACUAAAUGCCUUAUUGACGCUUCACCGCUAUGGUUAUAGUUAUUUUGACUGGGCUGUUUUUUUUUUUUAUAUAUAAGAUUAAUGUAGUAUCCAGUGACCUUUUGUAUUGAAACUAGUUGACUAAUAAAUAAAAUUGUAAAUAUUGAAUUAAAAAUGAUUUGGUUAAA